AUGGGUAUUUCAAUCGUGAAGCCUACGGGCGUUCCAGGAAGAUCAUGGCCAGCAAUCGUCAUUGGAUGUUUUGUUGCAUUUGGUGGUCUACUUUUCGGUUAUGAUACAGGUACUAUUGGUGGUAUUCUUGCUAUGGACUACUGGCAGAAGGAAUUCUCUACUGGCUACGUCAAUCCAAAGAAUCAUCUCGAUGUUUCUCCCUCCCAGUCUGCGGCCGUUGUCUCUAUUCUAUCGGCAGGUACCUUCUUCGGCGCACUUACUGCAGCUCCUCUUGCGGACUUUUUUGGUCGCCGUAUUGCUCUGUUGAUAUCUUCCGGUCUUGUUUUUAACUUCGGUGUUAUCUUACAAACUGCCUCUACUGCUCUACCAAUGUUCAUUGCUGGUCGUUUCUUUGCUGGUUUUGGAGUUGGCCUCAUCUCUGCUUUAAUUCCACUCUAUCAAGCAGAGACUGCACCUAAAUGGAUUCGAGGUGUUAUUGUUGGAUGUUACCAAUUGGCUAUCACAAUUGGUCUGCUUCUCGCAGCUGUUGUCGAUAAUGCUACACAAGGCCGAAAUGACACUGGGUCAUAUAGAAUUCCGAUUGCAAUUCAGUUUCUUUGGGCUAUCAUCUUGGUCGUCGGAUUAUUAUUCUUGCCUGAAACACCUCGUUACUUAAUCAAGCGGGGACAGUACCAGAAGGCUGCCCGAUCUCUCUCUAAGCUCCGUCGUCUUCCUGCUGAUGAUACAUAUAUUCGUGAUGAAUUGGCUGAAAUUACAGCUAAUCAUGAAUACGAACUCCAACUUGGUCAAGCUUCUUAUGCGGAUUGUUUCAGAGGUGGUAUGGCUAAAAGACUUGCAACGGGAUGUUUACUUCAAGCUUUGCAACAACUCACUGGUGUCAAUUUCAUCUUUUAUUAUGGUACUCAAUACUUCAAGAAUUCUGGCAUCACAAAUGCUUUUGUCAUUCAGAUGAUUACCAGCGCUGUCAAUGUCUCAUCUACUCUCCCUGGCUUAUACGGAAUUGAGAAAUUUGGUCGUCGUCCACUUCUAUUAUGGGGAGCUGUCGGAAUGUGCGUUAGUCAACUCAUCGUCGCCGUAUUGGGAACAACCACCACCGGACAAACAGCAACCGGUGAUGUAUUUGCGAAAAACAUUCCUGCCCAAAAAGCAUCCAUCGCUUUCAUUUGUAUCUACAUUUUCUUCUUCGCCUCCACCUGGGGACCUCUCGCAUGGGUUGUCUGCGGUGAAAUCUUCCCCCUCAAAGUUCGCGCCAAGGCUCUCUCCAUGUCUGUCGCCACCAACUGGCUUCUCAACUGGGCAAUUGCAUAUUCCACACCUUAUCUCGUCAACUACGGAAAAGGCAAUGCUAAUCUUCAAUCGAAGAUUUUCUUCAUCUGGUUCGCUUGCUGCUUUGUAUGUAUCGCCUUUGUUUAUUUCAUGAUAUAUGAAACUAAAGGCUUGACACUGGAACAAAUUGAUGAACUUUAUGAUAGCAAUACUACUGCUAAGGAUUCAGUUCAUUGGAAACCGAGCAAACAUUUUGUGGAUUUGGUGGAUGGUCAUGAUCAAGUUGGUGAUAUGGGUCAUGAUAAUAAUGGUGGUGUUUUGACGGAUGAGAAGACGGCGACGCAUUCGCAAGCUCAUACUCCGGGUCAUAAUACUGGGGUUACUAAUACUACCGGUCUUGAGUAA